AGCCUUCCAAUGGAGAUAAAAGAAGUUGUCAGAAGAUAUGAAACAAGAAAUAAGACAGCAGGAACACAACUGCCAUCAUCCAAAUCCAAAGUCGACUGGAGACGCACUCGAAGGGAGCUCAUACUACUUGAUAGCAAUGACGAAUCCUCAGCUACUUCUGAGGAGGAAGAGCUGACCACAUCAGAAGAUAAAAUAGAUGAAAAAGAUGAAGCUGUUGUGAAGAACGGUCUGUCACAUCAGGAAGAGAAAAGCUGCAACGGGGAAUUAACAGACGACGGUGAGGAUGAGUGUAUUGUGCUUCGGAAGCGUAAAAGGUUGAACACCUCUGUUUUGUAUGACAGUGAUGAAAGUGAGGACAGUGACAUAGUUGUUAGAAAAGUUUUUGCUAAGCGCCGCUGUAUAAUGGAUGCAGAUGAGGGUUUCGAAGAACAGCAACCUGACAAAAAAUGCCCUGCAGAAAAUGUUUCCACUAAUAGGAAACAGAAAGUGUUCUCAGAAUUGAAAGAACUUGCAAGACAACGCGCAGCUCGGAGAUCCUGCAGCAAUGCAAACUGUGAGGAUUCUAAUAGUGAAGCAGAAAUAGAAGAGGAACCACUUUGGGACUUGCCCCUCACACCAACAGAAGGUAGUGAAACUGACAGUGACAGCAUGAAAGAUUUUAUAGUAAAGGAUGACAACGAUGAUGAUGAUGAUGAUGAUGAUGACCAGAACACAGAGCACAUAAAGAGUGAAAAUCAGCCACAGCGAACGCAACUAAAUGCAUCGAAUAGUGACCUGCUGGCAUACUACAUUCCACAGUUGUCUCGCUGCAAUCAUUAUGUACACUUCAAAAGAAUAGUAAAGGCUUUCCUCAUAAAUGCAAUUGAUGGCACUUUUCUCAGCUCAUUAUAUGAUGGAACAAGACAAAAGAGGUAUGCACGAGAUAUGUUGCUGUCACUCCGUUAUUUGGAUGAUCGCUUCAUUCAGCCUCGUCUGGAGAACUUGAUCGCUAGAAGUCGCUGGAAGGAUCGAUACAAGGAGCGUGUGGAUUGUUACCCAGAUGUUCGCAUACUCUUGAAAAAGUCAAAACAUAUACCUUGCCAGGCCUGUGAAUUGAAGCGAUAUUGCACGUUUAAUGUGCAGCUCUCUGGAAAGCUUUAUAAUAGCACAACUAUGGAAGUGGAUGACUUCAUGUCAGAUGACAAGCAGAUUUUGAAGGUCGGUGUGGUGUGCGCAAAUCGUACAGGAGUUUAUCACAAUUUGAAGCAUUUCAAGUACAAGUUGUAUGUGGAUUGCUGCUCCAUUGCCAAAUUGGAUGAUGUUGAGGAUGAACCAGUCAAAGACGCUGUAGAGCGGCAAUUCAGCCACUUGGAAGAGAGUGGGUGGAUUCAGAAGAGAUACAAUGAUCUUGAAGACUACAUGGAUGAUGCAGACAAUUUCCAAGAAGAGAAAAUUGAUUAA